AUGGAUGAUGACAUCAUAAGCAGUGUUCGCCUCAAAAACACCUGCACGCGACGCGCUGAGCUCCUUCCACAACUCCCCCCAGGCACGAUGACAAGCACCCUUCCUCCCCUCGUUCAAGCCUUUUCUGGCGCAAUAGGCAGCGCAACCGCUAACACGCUUACAUAUCCCCUCGAUCUCGCUAUCACCCGAUUACAGCUCGACUCUCCUCGUCGGAGUAGAGAACGCGGUGGCCUAAAGGGCGCGCGGAAGAUAUUAAGGCAUAUACUCAAGAAACACGGAUGGGAGGCGCUGUAUGAUGGAAUUGUGGCGGAUACAGGUGCCACGCUUUUGUCAAAUUUCUUUUAUUUUUAUUUUUACUCCUUCCUCCGCUCGCUGUCAACGCGUCGUCUUAUCCCAUUUCAACCCAAACCGCCCAAUUCCAAUGUGAAGCCUCAUAAACCCACCUUGACUGAAGAGCUCGUCCUCGGGUUCAUCGCCGGAGUCGCAUCGCGUGUGAUUUCCAUGCCUCUCAACAUUGUCACUCUGCGGCUGCAGACCGCUGGAGGGUCCGAGUCAGACAAUUCAGACUCUGAGUCUGAUUCGGUCUCGGAGCUAGAGUCACCAACAGACCUAGGGCUGGUGGACGUUGUAAAACUCAUCUACAAGGAGCAAGGGCUCGCGGGUUUCUGGCGAGGUUUCCAAACAACGACCGUCCUCUCCCUCAACCCUUCAAUAACUCUCGCAUGCUUCCAAAUGUACCGACGCGUCCUCUCAUUCGUUAAAUACAUGGGGCCAUCUUCUUUCACCUACAUCAACAAAGACGGCAUAAAAGCCGCAAUCAAGCACGCUCCCGCCUCCCCGAACCUCAAGCCUUGGGAAGCCUUCUUCGGAGCAGCGAUCUCUAAUUCUAUUGCCGUUGCCAUCCUCUAUCCUCUCAUAUUGGCCAAGGUCCGACUACAGGUGUCGUCUUCAGCGACGAUACGCGAAGUCCUGGUGGACGCUUACCAAGGAAAGGACAUUCUCGCAAACGACAAUACGCUCGGUCUUCAUAAAGAGGCGACGUUUGAUUCUGAGAAGUCGGGAGUUAUAGGGAUCCAAGGCCUCUAUCAAGGUUUACAGACAAAGAUUGUGAAAGGGUUCCUCAGCCAGGGCGUCACCUUUCUGGUAAAGGGAAGGAUUGAACAACUAAUCGUUGCAGCAUAUCUGCGACAAAUGCGGGCACGGCGUUGA